CUCCAGUUCGAAAUCGUAAGGACUGGAGCAAUAUAUGGCGCGAUAGAACCAAGGAAACGUCCUCCACCUUAUGCCGUCUCCGGCGCCCAGCCGCCUCAAUUCCGGGAAUGCUGGGCACGGCCCUAAACGGACCACCCGCGAGGGACGGGGCGUGGUAUGGGAAUACCACACCACCGGGUUGCUCGGGGUGGUUAGUGAUCAAAGAUCGGGUGUGUGUGCCCGUACAAGACCCAAGUCUGCUGAUGGCACAGGAGGCCAUGCUAGCCACCGUCGCUUGCAGCCACCUUCGCCAUGGGCAGAUCGACAUGCAGCUUACACGUCCAACCACCUUUGUGCUACGAAGCGAGCUUGUGCCUAUGACUGCCAGAGCCCCACCACACCAUCGCGUAUCCGAUGCGACCGUCCCAUUAUCGGAGAAACGUCCCCAAUCAGAAGCCCCAGGGUCAAGGUUGAUCCCGCAGCGCCUCCGCGGAUCUGAUUCCCGCUCGACCCCAUCCUCCCUGCGGAAUGUCGCUGGAACGCAGGGGUCGAAAGACCACCGCAACGAAUGUAACUCACGUUGCACGAAGAAUGCUUGCUCUAUUGGUGCCUGCAUUGACUCGAAUUGUUCGUCCCGAUUCGUGGAUCAGGUGUGCGAAGCUUGGGGUACAGAGCAUUUCACUUAUAUCUGGGACCGGAUAGGGGGCGGAUCAGAUGUUCCCAGGAACUUCCUCCCUCACGUGGCGUUACUGUGCCUAUUCAAUGGGGUGUCUUCAUGGGGUUCUGGUCUGUGCGGCCGUGGUGGGCUUUGGGGUCUCACGCUCGGGCAGGCAGUGCGCUGUGCGCCCCUUGCGCCACCGUUGAUGCCGAUGCGGACGGGUGAACGUUCGCUGAGGCAACAUUUGGUUUCUGUUGCCUACAUCAUAACCCCAGGGCUUCCACAUGAAUCUGUGAUUGUCUCAAUAGUCGUGGGCAAUAGUCGUUAGUGAAUAUUGGCGUCCCUAAGAUAUCCGUACUGCACACCUUUGAGUUGCCCGCAACGUUACCGGAUCCGCGUCAGUAGGCAGUGAACGUGAGAUCACAACACCUCGAAGAAAAUCACCCAGGCAAAAUCACGAAUGCAACCAUCGAU